CCAAGAAGGAACCAUGAAAGACACUGGCCUGGUCUCUUUUGGAGCUCGCUGAUCUUGACUGAGAUCCACCCUGCAAAAAAAGCAUUUGGAGACCUUGCCUUUCAACUGGGCUCGUGUUUUUGUUUUUGUUAAAGCAGGCUUACUUCACAACCCCGGAUACAUUUGCAAGUGGAGUCUCUCAACAUGGUAUGAUGCUGGAAGUUGACAAUGAAGGUUAAACGUUCCUCUAGAGUGCAAAGCCCUGGAGACGCCUUGUUGGUGCACUAGUUCUUCAGAUUCUUCAUUCUGUGGGUUAGAACACAGGUGGGUGAAAACUGGGAGUUAGGAAUUUGAAAAAGAUUGUGCACACAGUUCCAGACAAUUCAUAAGAAAGGCAUAGGGAAUUCGCACGCGGGGCUCUCUGCUUCCUGUGAAGUGGAAGCUUCUCCUUCCUCAGAUCCUAAUGUAAUCUCAUCCCCUAAUCGCCCUAUCCCAUGGCGCCCACCGUGUUCCUCUCAUCGAUUUCUUCAGCUCCUAGACUAAGGAAAUGACUAAAACGCCAAGGCUUUUCUUCUCUCACCGACUGCCCAGAGAACUAAGCGAACAAGAGCGCGGGAAAAUGGCGCCAGGUUGAAGGCGCGAAGCACCGGAAGCAUACGCAUGACAGCGACCGCAUGCGCGUGAGGGGCGGGGCGCUUGUCUCCUGUGCACCUGCCAGGGCCCUGCCCUCUACACACGCCCCGCCCCCAGCCCCACCCACGCGCGACAGGCCGCGGAGCACUCGCGCGCUCUCCUGCGUGUCCGCUCCCUUUGUAGCUACGCACGGUAGGGGAGCGGACCCUGGCGGUUUGCUCCGCUCAGUGGAGGCGAGAUGGGGAGGCGUGGCGCUGGGGCUGAGGUAGGAAGGAGCCCGCCCCUCGACGCCUAACCCUUCCUCGACGCUAGCCGCUGAGUCGUGAUGCGAGCGUGGGUCCUACUCUCCGCGGUGCUCUGGUACCUCACAGGAGUUGGAUGGCAGCGUAAUUCCGAACGCACUGAGAAAGGCUUCAUUUAUGGCAAGCCGGGACACCCAGGUAAUGAAGACUUCUUCACUCGCAGAGUCCAUCCGAAGAGCCGGGGGCCCCGUGGCUCUGCUGAGGUUUUUCCCGAGCAAGGAAUGGAGCAAAAAUGUAUAGAACGUCUACUGUGUGCUCUGCACUUCCUGGAGGUUGUUUCAUCCUUACAGCAACGCCACUGCGCCUCAGUUGCGUAAAGAAGAAUCUCGCCUAAAGAAGCACGGCUCGUGAGGAGCUAAGAUUCAAUUUAUAGCUCUUUCUCUGAUACCCCAUCUCUUCAGAAUGUCCCUGCUGCUUUGCAACCUGCGAGACCAGCUCAGAGGAGUGAUUUCCGGGGCUGGAAGUCCCUCUGUUUGGAAUGUCCUUAUCCCUUCAUUAACUAGAACUCCUACACAUCAUUUCCGGCUCAGCUUAAAUGUCAUUUGUCACUGUGAUAAAACUUUCACAAACUGCCCAAGGAAAAUUAGUCACACAGCUAACUUUAGAUGACUUUGGGCAGGUUCGUAGCACUGGUUAGAUUUGGAAUCGCUCCGUUUUUGGAGCCCCUCCCCCGCCGUGCCACCGCCGAAUUGUGUGAAAGUAUAUGUAAAAUUACAUCACAACAGCCCAGUCCUUGUCUGUAUGGACUUUAAACGUGCUGAAAAAGAAACAGUGGACCCCACAUAUUUAUGGGUUGGUCCUAAUGAAAAGCAAUUAUCAGGAAGUGAUAGAAUAAAUAUAACUAAUACAGGAAAGCUGACGGUGAAAGACUUUCUGGAGCCUUUGUCUGGACUUUAUACAUGCAGUUUUUCUUAUAAGACUAUCAAAGCAGAAACCCAAGAAGAAAAGAUAGUAAAACAGAGAUAUGACUUUAUGAUCUUUGCCUAUCGGGAACCUGACUAUUCAUAUCAGAUGGCUGUACGUUUUACCACAAAAUCUUGUGUAGGAAAAUAUAAUGAUCUGCUUUUUCGAGUCCUGAAGAAAAUCUUGGAUAAUUUAAUCUUUGAUUUGUCAUGCCAUAUCAUAGAACCAUCAUAUAAAUGCCAUUUUGUUAAAGUUCCAAAACAUGGCCUCAUUCAUGAGCUAUUUAUAGCCUUUCAAGUUAAUCCUUUUGCACCAGGGUGGAAAGGUACAUGCAAUGAGUCUACUGACUGUGAAGAUACCACUAAUCAUAAUAUCCUCCAGGCAAGAAAUCGAAUAGAAGAAUUUUUCCGGAGCCAAGCAUAUAUUUUCAACCAUGAUCUAAAUAAAACUCUACCAGCCAUGCAUUUUGUGGAUCACAGUUUUCAAAUAGUACGUAUGGAUAGCUGUCGUCCAGGCUUUGGAAAAAAUGAAGGUCUACACAGCAAUUGCGCUACCUGUUGUGUGGUUUGUAGUCCUGGGACUUUUAGUCCUGAUGUUGAUGUUACAUGUCAGACCUGCAUUUCCGUCCAAAUCUACGGAGCUAAAUCAUGCCAGUAAAUUUCAACAUGAAGACUAGGAGUGAAAGCAUCAUUACUUGCUUGUGGAGGUGGAAGACAUAAGAUGAUUUGUUCACAUCCCAAAGUGUCAUAGAUAUUUUCAUUAAGGAAGAUCAGUAAGACCAAAACAUUGGAAAACGUACAUUGUAAAAACCGUAAAAAGAUAGUCAACAUGGUAUUUCUAAGAAGGCAUUUAAUCUCAGUGGAUGAUUUUUAAUGAAAUAUGUUUUGUUGCUUACAAACAAUCUUGUUUCUUUGUACCUAAAACUAUGUUAAGGUCAAGAAGAGUAGGCAAGUAUAAUAUAAUAAAAUUUUGUACUUUCCAUAUAUUAUUUUGUUUGAUAUCACUCAUAUGAUAUAAAGGCAUAUGUAUUACCUUUAUAAUUAGAACCAAAAAAGUUAUUUCUUUUAGUCUCUUUGCUUUUAGUCUAUUUAUUUUAGAAUAAUAGACUAUUUUUUAGUAUAGAGUUAGGGUUACAGAAAAAUUGAGCAGAUAUUACACAGAGUUCCAUAUGCCUGCUUCAGCCCACACCCUCACCCCUCCCAGUUUCCCCUAUUAGUAGCAUCUGGCAUUAGCGUGAUACAUUUGUUACGAUUAAUGAACCAAUGUCAAUACAUUAUUAUCAACUAUAGUUAAUAGUUUAUAUUAAGGUUCACUCUGCGUGUUGUACAGUCCUGUGGGUUUUGACAAGUACAUACUGACAUGUGUCCACCCCUACAGUUUCACACAGAAUGGUUCCACCACCCUUAAAAUGCCCUCUGUUUAAUCUAGUCUUCUCUCUCUCUUACCCCACAGCCCUUGCCAACCACCAAUCUUGUUACUGUCUCUACAGUUUUGCCUUUCCCAAAGUAGAUUAAACUUAGAGCCGCACAGUGUGUAGACUUCCCAGACUGGCUUCUUUCACUUACCAAUAUUCAUUUAAGAUUCCUCCAUGUCACUGUAUGGCUUUGAUAGAUCAUUUUUUAUUGCUGACUAAUAUUUCAUAUCAUGGGUGUAUAAAGGACAUCGUGAUUGCUUCAAGUUUUUGAUGAUUAUGAAUAAAAUUGCUAUAAAUAUCUGUGUACAGGUUUUUGUAUGGACAUGAGUGUUCAAAUCAAUUGCGUAAAUGCCUAGGAGCAUGAUUGCUGGGUUGUAUGGUAAGAUAAUGUCUAGUUUUGUAAGAAAUUUCCAGACUGUGUCUCAAAUUGGUUUACCAUUUUACAUUCCCACCGCAAUGGAUGUGUUUCUUGUUGUUCCUCAUCUUCACCAGCUUUUGGUAUUUUAAGUUUUUUUAUUUUGGCUAUUCUAUUAGGUAUACAGUGAUAGUUCAUUAUUGUUUUAAUUUUAAAUCCCCUAAUGACAUCUGGUCUCUGCAUUAUUUCAUGUGUUUAUUUGUCAUCUGUGUAUCAUUUAAAUCUUUCUCCUUGUUUUUAUUGAAUUUUUCAUUCAUAUUGUUAAGUUCCAAGAGUUCUUUGUAUAUUUUAGAUACAGAUUCUUAUCAGAUAUGUGUUUCUCCAAUUUUGUGGUUUGUCUCUUCUUCUCACAAUGUCUUUUACUGAGCAGAAGUUUUUAAUUUUAAUAAAAUCCAGUUUACCAAU